GCAAAAAUCCUACUCGUAGCAUUCAAAUGACCAAUCAAGACAAUUAUUUGAUCAAUAAAUGUCACUUCAUGAGUGAAGAAUUUCCGAACUUAUUCUAGAAUAUUACAUUUGACGUAUACAGUUUGUAACAUGGUAGAAGUAUAUUUCCACACUUCCACCAUGAUUUGUUAGAUUCCAAUAUGAUACUUUGUAAAUGAUCAUCUGUCAAAUGUCAAACUUAUACAAAGUGUAAUUCGUGAAAUACAUAAUACGAUUUAUUAUAAUGGCAGCGAUUGAUAAAGUUAAAAUUAUCGUAGUAGGCGAUUCAGGUGUUGGUAAAACAUCAUUGACACAUUUAAUAUGCCAACAGCAACCUAUUAGCAAUCCUUCCUGGACCGUAGGUUGUUCAGUGGAAGUAAAGCUGCACGAAUACAAAGAAGGGACACCUAAUCAGAGAAGAUACUUUAUCGAGCUAUGGGACAUUGGUGGUAGUCAAAAUCAUACAAAUACAAGAUCUGUAUUUUAUAAUUCCACAAAUGGCAUAAUAUUAGUCCACGAUUUAACAAAUCGUAAAUCACAGCAGAAUCUUCAGAAAUGGCUGGAGGAAGUUUUAAGUAAAGAUGGAACUUCGUCAAGGUCCAAGUUAUUUGAGGACUUUGAUCCAGAGAAAUUCGUAGGCUCGACACAGAUUCCAAUCCUAGUUAUUGGUACAAAGUUUGACCUAAUCUCAGAAUCCAAUUUUAUAAAAUCCAAUGUACACAGGCGUUCUGCAACGAUUGCAGAAGAAUGUGGUGCCGAUGAAAUAUUUUUGGAUUGUCGCCAGAUAAGAGCUUUAGCAGCAGGGUCCAGUUCAUCUGUGAAGCUCAGCAGAUUUUUUGAUAAAGUUAUUGAAAGACGUUACUAUUCCUCCAGAGAAGCCACCAAUCUUGACAAACGAAGACCACCACUCUACACUUCCUCGUAUCCAAAGUUUCAUCAUAAUGAUUAAAUAUGCAAAGAAUAAUCUCUUAAGGGAAAUAUUUUCAUGUUACACAGAAUAAUUCUUGUAACAUGAAAGAUAUUUGUAGGAUUGACUGGAUUAAGUAUUGCAAGGCUGUUGAUGUCGCACUUCUUAUCCACAUUCCUAAUCUUCCUAUGGAAGUAUUUUACCAGAUGUGCUCAAAGAUGACUGUGAACAGCAUAUAUAAAAAUAUAUUAAGUUCAUAAUA